UAUAUAUAUGAUUGCUCCUCUUUUCUUCAAAUACCUUUAUUAUGCAUGGCAGCCUAGGUAAACUUAUUAAUAAUCUUGUUCGAGAGCUUUCUAUUAAGCUGAAGAGGAGACAAAUGGUUCUUCCUAAUCAUUUAGUCGGAAUUGAGGAUUGAGUUAGAGACGUGAUGCCGUUGUUGGACUGUGGCUCCCUGGACGUACGAUUUCUUGUUGUGCACGGGAUGGGAGGCAUUGGGAAAACAACUCUUGCCAAGGCGGUUUUCAACGAGAUAUCUUCUCUGUUUGAUGGUUGCAGCUUACCAAAAAAAAAGAAAAUCAACUCAUCGACAGAAUUCUCUCGCCAUUCUGACUCGAAAUAUUUGUUAAGUUUAGAGCUAUGUAAAUCAUGGCUGGUGGAAAUUCCACUCAAUCGGUUUGGACAAUUGGAGAAUCUGGGGGAACUCACUGUGUUGAACUGCAUAUUUCUCGUGCAGUUGUCCUGUCUGUCGGGCUUGAAGCAGCUCAGAGAGUUGCACUUGUUGAACUGCCUGAAGCUAGUUGAGAUCCAAGGUCUCGUCGAACUAGAAACGCUGGAAAGUAUAAGGAUUGGCAGGUGCAGUUCUCUAGUAAGGUUGCCUAAUCUUUUGAACUUGAACAAGCCGAGGACUAUCAAAUUUAGAUCCUGCGGAUCAUUAGUGAGGUGGCCUUGUGUAUCUCGGGUAGCUUUUGAAGUUUGUCAUCUAGUAAUUGACAGAUGCAAUAAGCUAUCCAACCACAACGGCCCUUGCUGGCUUUACAAGGACAAAAGGGAAUGUCCAAACCCCUGAUCGCUUCUAUGAGCCGGAGGACGGAGAACACUUGCCUUGUCCUGUUUGCAUACAGUAUCCAACCACAACGGCUCUUUCCUUUGAUUUCCCAGAUUGUGCUCUUCUUUCCUCUCAACAUUUCCGCUUAGCAUAGCAUACUCUGGAUUAACAGAGGAAGCUCACGUGUGUAAAAGACAUUGCAUAUGCAUAAGCAGUCUGG